GUCACGGGGACGGAUCUUCAUCCCGUACUUUUGAGCACUGGCAACUCUCUUGAAGUAUGUACUGUACCUGGCGUAGUACACCAGGGUCAAUUCACCGUGGGCACAAGGAGACGUACCCCUCUUUGAUUCGUGUCUCUUCUGCCUCGUAGUGACUCUGAAUCUUCACGAAGAACUUGUCAGAAUUUCCCAUAAACCAGGCAGUGAUCCAAUACUACCCCUGGCAAGUAGAGGACGUCAACACUCGGUCUAUUGGAACGUGGAUCCCACUAUCGAUAACGGGGGAACCCGCCAAGAGUGGAUUCUCAUAGCUCUCCCCAACGAUUUUCCAGACGGUCACUCCGCAUGUAGGGGACGAGACAGUUUCUCAGUCUCACAGGUACUCACUCUACCGUGGACAAGUAUAAAGUCCAUCCUGUUACCUCAUUGCCCAUUCCGGCCAUUUUUUAUCUCUUUCCUUUCCGCCUCCUUCCUAUCUAUCACUUUCCAUCACCUCGAGUCGUAUACAUACUACACUCUUGUUCCGUCCCUCUUAUCUCCUACAUUCCACUCCCAUCUCGACCACUACACCCUCAACCUCGCCGGGCUACAUUCUCCAGAAACACCAUCAUACCAUCCUCAUCAACCUCACCACCACCACCACCUCCAUCCAUUACAUACACAUCAUGGCCGCUCCUCGUUCAACCUCCCUGCGCGCCCUGCGCCAGCUCUCCCAGCAGCCCACCGCGGCUCCAGUUGCUCGUCGUGGCCUUCACAUCACUGGCGUCCAGUCUGCACAACCCGCCAACCCUGCCGACAAGGCCUCCCUGUAUGCCGCUCGCACCCUGCCGGACCUGAAGCAAGAGUGCCAACGUCGCUCGCUCCGUGCUGCUGGCAGCAAGUCCGAGCUGAUUGAGCGCCUCUCCAACCACGAUGUCCUCCAGAGCCGUGCUUUCAGCAUUGCCAUGCGCCGUAUCAACAGCAACGCCUUCUCCGACCAACCAACCCGCUCCUUCAACACCUCCCGCUCCCAAAAAGCCGUUGGCGACUCCUCCACGGUGGACUUCAUCUACAUGCCCGCCAUGUCCAACUUCGAGGCCCCCUCCACCCGUCCCUCCUUCCCUCAAGUCCCGGUCCUUCCCGACCUUACCUCCCACCACGACAUUGCGGCCCCGUCCGCCCCACCCAUGAAGCCCCAGAUCUACACCGUCUCCGGCGGUGACAUCAGCGCUGCCUCUGCCAUGAGCGAGGUUGUGGAUAACCACGCCGUCGAUAUUGAUCCCUUCUCGUUGACGGAGGCUGUGGGGCGGAGUCGUAUUGGCGAGGAGUUGGCCAGGUCGAAUGGGCCUAGGAAGGAGCCUGGUGUGGUCCGGGAGCUGUGGGCCGGUUUCUUGGACGAUGUGCUUGGCCCCAAGGAGACUGCUCCCCGGAAGUAGGGCAAGAUGGUUUGCUCGCCAUGUUGAUCGGAUGAACCUGUUGACGAAUUCUCUUGGUGCGAUGCUGGGAUUACUUGUCCGAGUCGAGUCUGACUUUUGCUAUUCUUUUUGUGAUUUGGGAUAUUGUUCGUUCGCUCUCUGGAUGGAACGCUAGCGUGGGAUGUAAUUUUUCUUUCCCCUUUUGUUUAACGGAUUUGAUCUAUAUACUUCCACAAUGAAGUAAUUUACUAGGCUUGCAUGGUUUGCAUAGCCUCGACACAACAUCCUUCUUGUCCCGACCUCUAAAACGUAGCCGUUACUUUGCAUACC